UUAAAACAUUUCUUUUGGAUAAUUUUAAACAAAAUUUUUAUCACAUUUGCACUAACUGUCUCGAAAUACCACUAUUGAGCCAUGAUUGAACAUACAAAUGAAAGCACAGCACUUUGCAGUGCUGCCACCUUACCACAUGGAAACGAAGCCUUUUCUCUCCCCUGACCCAACAACCAGCGGGUAAAGAUCGGCAACCCCGGAAUUAAUAGCGUCCAAUUUUCUUGCCUGUACGUGACAGCUCAUUCAGAGAAUUUGAAUAAAUUCAUACAGUUCCGCUAGCGUAAACAGUCGAGAGAACUCGUUGAGAAUCAAAUUAACAUGUCUCUUACGUUUGCUCAAAGAGGGAGACCACCGCCUUCACCUGCUCAGAUCCAAAAGCUACUGGAUGAAAAUAGUCAACAUAUAAUGACAAUUCAGGACUACCAGGCCAGAGGAAAAACACAUGAGUGCCUGCAAGUAGAGCAAAUCCUCCAUCGAAAUUUGGUUUACCUGGCAUCUGUUGCUGAUCCAGCUCAGAACAUACAAACUCUUCUUCCUCCACCUCAAGGUAUGCCAAGUACACCAGGUAAUCCCCCACAAGCAACUGGCCCAAAUAAUCAGGAUUCAGCCUCACCAUCUCCAGCCAAUUCUCAGCAAGGUGGACCACAGGGACCACCAGUAUCGUCAUAUGGAGGACAACCCCCCACUAAUCAACCAGGACCAUACAGACCACCAAUGAUGCCUGCUGGACAACAACCAGGUCCCCAAGGUCCACAGCAACCUGGGUAUCCUUACAAUGGCCCACAAUCACCACACACCUAUGGCCAACAACCACAGCAGCAACAGUAUCGACCCCCUGCUCCUCAGCCAAACUAUGGACCUCAAUAUCCCCAGUAUGGUGGACAGCCACCAGCGCAGUAUCCUAACCAACCUUACAACCCAGCUCCUCAGCCAGGUUAUCAGAAUCAACCCUAUGGUGGUCAAUCUGCUCCCCCUCAACAACAACAGGGCUAUUACCCACCACAACAGCAACAACCAUACGGAUAUCCGCAGCCGGCUCCAUACGGGUCUCAACAGCCACAGGGCCAAAAUGCCCCAGUAAAUCCGAUGCCAGGUUCUCCAGCUGCUCCGCAGUCAUCGGCAGCCUUUAACGGUCCUACGCCACCGACGUCCUCCGUCGCACAGGGGAGUUAUUCACCACCAACCGGUGCUACUCAAUCUCCUCAGCAACAUCCUCCCCAGCCUCAUCCUCCUCAACCACACACUCCACAACCACAUGCGCCUCAAUCGCAUACCCCUCAACCCCAUCCUUCUCAACCCCUUCCUUCUCAACCCCAUCCUUCUCAACCCCAUCCUUCUCAACCUCAUCCUUCUCAACCCCAUCCUUCUCAACCCCAUCCAUCUCAACCCCAUCCAUCUCAACCCCAUCCAUCUCAACCCCAUCCAUCUCAACCCCAUCCAUCUCAACCCCAUCCAUCUCAACCUCAUCCAUCCCAACCCCAUCCCUCCCAACCCCAUCCCUCCCAACCCCAUCCAUCCCAACCCCAUCCCUCCCAACCCCAUCCAUCCCAACCCCAUCCAUCUCAGCCCCAUCCAUCUCAGCCUCAUCCUCACCCUUCUCAGCCUCAUCCUUCUCAACAGCAUCCAUCUCAACCACACUCCGCACAACAUCCCCAACAACACCCACCUCAACAACAUAUUCCGCAACAGCAUCCUUCACAGCCGCAUACCCAACAUCCUCCUCAACAGCAUCCUCAACAUCCUUCACAACAGCAUCCUUCUCAGCAGCAUUCUUCACAACAACAUCCAGCCCAACAUCCAUCUCAGCAUCCGCCUCAGCAUCCGCCGCAACACCCGAGUCCGCAACAACACUCUCAACAGAGAAGCUCUCCGGGUCCAUCGACCCCCACGCAAGCACAACCGAUGUAUAGCCAACCGGCAACUGGAGGAACAAGUCCUGCUCCAGGACCUCCGCAUAAUCCAGGACAACCAUCCCACAAUCAAGCACCGGGACCUCCCCAUAGCCAGGGUCCGCCCCAUAAUCAGUCGCAGCAACCCCAGCCUUCUUAUAAUUAUGCAGGUGGACCACCAGGUGGUUAUCCCCAUUCACAACCAGCAGCUCCAUAUCCAUAUGCCAACAGCAUUCCACCUGGAGCUCCUUUACCACCGCAGCAGCCUGUAUAUGGGGCACCACCAGCAGGUCAUCCUCAGCCAGGCGCGCCACAACCAGGUCCAUACUCGACUCCUGGACCCGGACAUUACGCACCUCCGCCUAAUCAGCCUGCCUACGGGGCCCCAGGAGGACCUCAGCCAUAUCCUCCCAUGCAGCCGGCUUAUGGAGCUCCCCAAGGCCCACAACCGUAUGGCCCUCCGGCUCCUUCUGGUUAUCCACCAGUACCAAAUGCCCAGCAGCCUGGUGCGCCCCAUGGUUACCCUCCCGCUGGCUAUCCAGCUCCAGGACCACCACCGCCUAAUUCGUACGGACCAUAUCGUCCUCCCGGUCCGCCUCAGCAACAGUAUCCCGGAUAUGAACAACCACGCUAUCCAGCGUACCAACCACCACCUUAAUUUCUUUAGCGAUUAUUAGCUGCAAGUGCAUUCUUUUUUAAGAAUUAAUUAUUGAGAAUCACGGUUAUGUGAGUUUGAAGAAUACAAUACGUUUGUCAUGUC